UCUUUCUGGCGUCUAAGAUGCAUUCAGGAACACACAUACUGUUCGUGGUCACUUGUCACACUCUAGCGGACAAACAGAAAACUACUACAACACGGUUUAGCCAGAAACAUCAUGGCGGCUCCCACAAGGCUCGUGUCAAGGUUGACGCUGGUCACUGGAGGAGGCAGCGGGAUCGGACGGGCCGUGUGUCAGCGCUUCGCCUCUGAGGGCGCCUCUGUGGUGGUCGCUGACAUCAGCGAGGAGAUGGCCAACGAGACCCUGGGGAACCUGCAGACCGACCUCAGAGGACAGGCUCACAUGGCGGCUGUGGUGGACGUGUCGUCCAAAGAGAGCGUCAAGAAGCUGGUCACAAGCAUACAGACUCGGUACUUUCAGCCUCCCUCGGUGUGUGUGAACGCAGCAGGCAUCACGCAGGACGACUUCCUGCUCAACAUGGAGGAGGAUCAGUUUGACAGAGUCAUCCAGGUGAACCUGAAGGGUUCGUUCUUGGUCACUCAGGCUGUCGCUCAGGCCCUGGCGGCCUGUGGAGCGUCCAAAGGCUCCAUCAUUACUGUGGGCAGCAUUGUGGGAAAGGUGGGAAACAUCGGACAGGUGAAUUACGCCGCCUCUAAAGCUGGAGUGGAGGGUUUAACCAGGACUGCUGCCAAAGAGCUCAGCCGCUUCGGGAUCAGGUGUAACUGUGUGCUGCCAGGGUUCAUAUCCACUCCGAUGACAGAUAAAGUCCCAGAAAAGGUUAUUAGUAAGAUGAAGUCCCUGGUGCCGCUGGGCAGGAUGGGCGAGCCUGCAGAAGUGGCUGACGUCUGCGCCUUCCUGGCUUCAGACGACUCUCGAUACGUCACGGGAGCCAGCGUUGAAGUGACGGGUGGGCUUUUCAUUGGCUAACACAGCUGUCUGUCAUGCUGAUGACGACCAAUGGGAGAUCAGUUCCUCCACAGUUAAUUUAGCUGCUGAAAUGAUUCUACAUUUAUCAGCUCUUUAGUCACGAUUAUUGUUGAUUGUACUUUAUAAAUCAGAUUGUAAACAUGUACUGUUUAAAACCACUUUUUGUGCCAAUAAACGCCAGUUUGUAAUAUUUAUCUACAAAA